GGCGGCUGAGAUUCUGGCAGCGGUUGUCGGUGUCUGAGCGGGGCCGCUCUUCUGCGCCGCUCCGACCUGACCGCUUUCAGCGCUCUGCUCCGGCGACAGGCUCCCCGGCUCUUUGGCGCCAUGACCACCACCACCACCUUCAAGGGCGUGGACCCCAACAGCAGGAACAGUUCUCGAGUUUUGCGGCCUCCAGGUGGUGGAUCCAAUUUUUCACUGGGCUUUGAUGAACCGACAGAACAGCCUGCAAGGAGGAACAAAAUGGCAUCGAGCAUCUUUGGGACACCGGAGGAAAAUCCUCCUUCCUGGGCCAAGUCAGCAGGCGCCAAGUCUAGUGGGGGCAAAGAAGAUUCUGAGUCAUCUGGACCCCAGAGAAGGAACUCUUCUGAAGCAAACUCUGGAGACUUCUUAGAUCUGAAGGGAGAAGGUGAUAUUCAUGAAAAUGUGGACAUGGAUUUGCAGGCCAACCUGGGGCAGACUGAAGAGAAACCGGUGCCCGCUGCCCCUGUGCCCAGCCCAGUGGCUCCAGCCCCAGUGCCAUCCAGAAGAAACCCUCCCGGCGGCAAGUCCAGUCUUGUCCUGGGUUAGCUCCAGCUGUCUUGAAGUCUGUCAUUUUGUUUGUUUCCUCCAUUCUUGUGAACUGCACAACUUGAGCCUGACUGUACAUCUUUUGGAUUUGUUUCAUUAAAAAAGAAGCACUUUA